AUGUCGAUAACACAGCUAUCCGAGUUUCUAUCCUCCAAGUUCGACUAUCCUAUUGUCGGUGGUGGUACAGCGGGGCUAGUCGUCGCUGCUCGCCUGACAGAGGAUCCAGAUAUCCACGUAGGAGUCAUCGAAGCAGGUGGAUCCAAAGUAGGAGACCCUAAUGUUGAGUGGCCGGCCAAAUUGGGGAGCACGCUCCACAAUCCUAAAUAUGACUGGGUACUGGAACCAACAACAGAGUCCACCACGUGGCUCGCGGCAAGCUUCUGGGGGGCUCUAGUGGCAUCAAAUACAUGGCAUACUAUCGACCGGCUGCACAGAUAUCGACCUCUGGCAAAAGCUUGGAAACAAAGGCUGGUCUGGGCUGAGCUUCAACCGUACUACCUUAAGAGCGAAUUUAUCAAUGAGGCUAAACUCGGGAAGGAAUCCGCACAUCCCGAUGUAUACAACAACUGCCCGGAAUCGCACGGAACCGAAGGGCCGAUUAAGACCUCAUUUCCAAAUUACCGGCAACCUGUUGAUGAUCGAAUGAUAGAUGCGUUUGACGAGACAUCCGGGGUUGCUAGACCAAAUGAUCCUUGGAAUGGAGCUCCGUUGGAGCAAUAUGGCCAUUUAUCAACAAUUGAUCGAGAGCUCGGGGCAUCCAGAAGCUAG